CAGACAGAUACCCUGGGGAUGGUGAACUGGCUUUGUAGCAGCCAGUGAGCAGCCAUCUUUCUGUCUGAUUAAGGUUCAGGUGAGACGAUGUGAUCAUGAAGUCCGGCUGGAGGAACAGAUUCAUGAUUUUAUACAAGCAGAAAUACAGCGUUCAUGUUCUCCAGCAGGGACGUGUGCUCGCUUGUACCUGAUUGGUCAGUGCGUAUGUGUGUGUGUGGGGGGGGCAGUUUGGACUCCAGAGUCGACACAGAACAAACUGACUAACAGAAACAGACGGAUGAACGAAGAGAGAGAAGACAAACAGGAGGAAUAAACAAGGAACAACUUUAUGUCCACUGACUGCCUGGAGGGUAGCUAGUGUUUGGAAGGGAGAGGAGAGCUGUGUGCUGCAGCUCACCGUUUUCCCACCUCUGUUUUUGAAGGUCGUCAUGGACGCCAUCAGGACUCGUCUGACGCAGUCUUCCUCAGUAGGCGUGGCUGAAGAUGAGGUGGGAGGAGCUCCGAGGGUGGAGAUGAGGUUUGUGACGGAGGCUGAGGAGGAGGUGGAGGCGGGGCCUAGCAGUGACAUCACAGCAUUGGUGCUGCGCCAUCGCCAUGGUUACAGGAGAGCCGGCGUGUUCCUGGGUGUGUGUGGGGUCGUCAUCUUCACCACAGCGUUCCUAUUGGCCUAUGCAGUGUUUGGUGGGUGCUACCACUGCUCCCAGGUGGGGGGGCAGGAGGAUGAGCAGCAAGGGGGCGGGGCUAAACCACCUGCUGAAGGAGGGGCGGGGCUUUACUUGGGAGAGCUGAGAGUGAUGAUGAGGAGGCUGCUGCAGGAUGAAGAUAUCCACAACACAGUCAGUCGGGUCAGCAGAGCGAGUCACCCUCCAGGUUCCUCAGAGGGAACCUCUCUGGCCUCAGAGAUCCUGCGUCGCCUCAGACAGCUGCAGAUGGAUCACACCUGGACCGAGUCGCUGUACGCCACGCUGCAGUUCCCCGAGAGGUCUCAGAGGAGCUCUCUGUGGCUGCUGGACUCUGCAGGAAUGGUCUCAGAACAGAUUCCCCUGAACCCGUCUGACUACUGUCCAUACAGCGCCACAGGAAGUACCACGGGGGGCGUGGUCUAUGCCAACUAUGGCCGUCCAGAGGAUUUUAAUUGGCUGAAGAGUGCGGGCGUGUCUGUGGUUGACUCCGUGGUGGUGAUGCGUGUCGGGGGUGGGGUCAGUUUUGCAGAGAAGGUCAGGUUGGCUGAAAGGAAUGGGGCGGGCGGGGCCUUGAUCUACCCCGACCCCGCCGACCUGCCGCAGGACCCCCGACGCCUUGGACUGAACACACACACUGCCGUGUCUGAACAUGUCCACCUGGGGUCAGGUGACCCCUUCACCCCCGGCUUUCCCUCCUUCAAUCACACUCAGUUCCCAGCCAUCCAGUCCUCCGGCCUGCCACUCAUCCCAGCCUUGCCAAUCAGUGCCACUGUAGCCUCCAAGCUGCUCAGCCAGCUGUCAGGUCCAUCCUGCCCUCCGUCAUGGCGGGGUCGGCUGCCGUAUGUGAGCUGCGUGGUUGGUCCAGAGUUCAGCUCUGGACGCAGAGUCAAGAUGUCGGUGCACAACGCCAUGACGCCUGUCCUGCUCAACAACAUCUUCUCCUCUCUGGAGGGCCGCGUCGAGCCAGACCAGUACAUCAUCCUGGGAGCUCAGAGGGACUCGCUGGGUCCAGGAGCCGUGAAGUCUGGAGUUGGAACAGCGAUCCUCCUGGAGCUAGCUCGAACGUUCUCUGCUAUGGUGAAGAACGGUUUCAGUCCCAGACGCAGUUUGCUGUUUGUCAGCUGGGAUGCUGGAGAUUUCGGGAACGUUGGAGCCACUGAAUGGCUCGAGGGUUACCUGUCCAUGCUCCACCUGAAAGCUGUAGCCUACUUCAGUCUGGACCAGGCUAUCAUGGGUGAUGAUGUCCUGUCGGCCUACAUCAGUCCUCUGCUGGUCGACCUGCUGGACGCUGCCAUCAGACAGGUGGAGCAUCCUAAACAUGCAGGUCAGAGCAUCUACAGCCAGGCUGAAAGAGAGGGCGGCAGCUGGAGGAUAAUGAAGCCGUUGUAUCUGAACAGCGGAGCGUACAGUUUCACAGCGUUCGCAGGAGUUCCAGCUGUGGAGCUCAGAUUCAGCGAGGAGCGAGCUUACCCGUUUGUCAACACGCCAUUGGACAGCGCCUCCCGGCUACAGGAAGUGCUGGGGGGUCGUCUGGGGAUCGCAGGGCGGAGCCUGGGGGAGCUGGUGGGGGAGAUGGUGCUGAGAUUGGCCCACGACCACAUCCUUCCGCUCCGCAUCACUUCCUACGCCCAGACAGUGCUGCAGUUCAGCGCCCAGCUCAACAAGCACUCUGCUGAGCUGCAGUCCAGAGGUUUGUCUCCUCAGUGGGUUUUCAGUGCCAGAGGAGAUUACAGCCGAGCAGCCGAGACGCUGCAGAGAGCCAUCGACUACAGCGACAUGCAUGACCCGACGACUGCUCGCUUCUACAACACUCGCAUCAUGAGGGUGGAAUACUACUUCCUGUCUCAGUACGUGUCAGUGGUGGAGACGCCGUUCCGUCACGUGAUCCACGGCCGCGGUGACCACACUCUGACAGCACUUACUGAGCACCUGGCCUUGCUGACCUCCGACCCUGAACGCUUCGACGAGAAACGCUUCAGACGGCAGCUCGCUUUCUUUACCUGGACGCUGCAGGGAGCCGCCAACGCCCUGACCGGAGAUGUGUGGAGCAUACACAACACACACACAUAUACACACUGAGACACAUGCACACUGUGACACACAUACAGGUGCAUCUCAGAAAGAAUAUUGUGAGAAAGUUCAUUUGUUCUGUAAUUUAUGUCAAAAAGUGAGACUUUCAUAUAUUCUAGAUUCAUUACACAUAAAGUGAAAUAUUUUUUACUUUUUGUUUUAAUCUUAUAUAUCUUAACCUUUCUAUAGGUUUAUGUUUACCUAGUCAUCAAAACAAAUUCCUUGUAUGUGUAAAAACAACCUUGCAAUAAAUCCGAUUCUGAUUACUCACUGAUAGAAAGGUAUCAUCUGCAUAGCAAAGAAAUUUUAUACUGUGGUUCCUAAUGAUAUUACCCAGCGGAAGCAUAUAUAAGGUGAAUAAAAUAUGACCAAGGACUGAACCUUGCGGAACUCCAUAGGUAACUUUGCUCUGAGAGGAUUCGGCAUUUACAUGUGACUGGGUGUGAUCUGAUAAGUAAUAUUCAAACCAGCUUAAAGCAGUUCCUUUUAUAGCAAUUAAAUGUUCAAGUCUCUGUAAUAAAAUAUGGUGAUCAUUUGUAUCAAAUGCCACACUUAGAUCUAACAAGACCAACACAUGGACUAGUCCCUUAGCCAAUGCAGUUAAAAGAUCAUUAGAAAUCAUUUUACCAGUGCUGUCAAAAAUUCACAAAGAUGAUUUGCCACUGCUUUUUCAAGGAUCUCGGAGGAGGUGAUUAAUUUUAUCUCUGAUAAUUAGAAUUUUGUUGUUAAAGUAGUUCAUGAAAACGUCACUAUUGAGAUCAAGAGGGACACGCGGUUCAGUAGAUCGGAGGCUUCCCGUCACUCUGGCUAGACUAUUGAAGAGGAACCUGGGAUUGUUCUGACAUUCCUCGAUUAAUUCGGAGUAAUAAGCUGUUCUGGUGCUACAUAGGGCCUUCCUAUACAUUUCCUGCCACAUUAAACAAGAUUCUUCUUGAUGAGUGAGACACCAUUUCUUCUCAAGUUUCCAUGAUGCUCUCAAAGGAGCAACAGUGUCAAGUGUCAUUCGGAGCAGUCCUGUAUUUUGAAACAGAAUUGAAUUACACACUGAUGCAAUUGAAUCUUUAAACUUCGCCACAGCACGAUCAGAUAGAGAUCUAGAAGUAUUUGCUUGGUGGCUUAAAGUCAAAUAAUUAGAACUCAGAAAAUAACGAAGGACCAUCAAUUCUUCAAUUUCAAUUCCAUAUGUUAAUACUAGGUCAAGGGUAUGAACCGGGAGCACGGUACACUAUAAUCAAUAGAAUCUGCUGCAUAGUUUUCCAGAUUGAAUUAGAAAGACUUAGAACAAUGCUUUGAAAAGAGUCAUAACUCAUUUUGUGUUUUGACUUGACUAAAAGGCCUGAAACAAAAAUAGCCACAUCAUUUGCUCCGACAUGCAAGACUACACAGCAAAUGGAGGCUGGGAGUGAAUGGAGGUGAGGUGGAGAACCUCCUGUCUCCAACAUUUAAGAUCACCUUGUAUGUUGAUGUUCAUGUCGUCAGAGUAUGUGCAGUUUGAGUUGUAAAUAAAUGAAUCUGAGACGAGG